GCGCUGCGGGCGGGCGGGGGAGCCCGGCGGGCGCGGGAGCCCGGCGGGCGCCAUGUCCAUCUUCACCCCCACCAACCAGAUCCGCCUCACCAACGUCGCCGUGGUGCGGGCCCGGCGCGGCGGGAAGCGCUUCGAAAUCGCCUGCUACCGCAACAAGGUCAUGGGCUGGCGCAGCGGAGCGGAGAAAGAUCUCGACGAGGUCCUGCAGACACACACGGUGUUUGUCAAUGUCUCCAAAGGCCAGGUGGCAAAGAAGGAAGAUCUUGUUCAAGCCUUUGGGACAGAUGACCAAACAGAAAUCUGUAAGAUGAUUCUAUCAAAAGGGGAGCUGCAGGUGUCGGACAAAGAGCGCCACACGCAGCUGGAGCAGAUGUUCAGAGACAUUGCGACCAUCGUGGCUGACAAAUGUGUGAAUCCUGACACCAAGCGGCCCUACACCGUCAUCCUGAUAGAAAGAGCCAUGAAGGACAUUCACUACUCUGUCAAACCACACAAGAGCACGAAGCAGCAGGCACUGGAAGUGAUCAGACAGUUAAAGGAGACCAUGCAAAUUGAACGGGCUCACAUGAGGCUGCGAUUUAUUCUUCCAGCAAAGGAGGGGAAGAAACUGAAAGAGAAGCUUAAGCCACUGAUUAAAGUUAUUGAGAAUGAAGACUUCCAUGAACAUCUGGAAAUUGUGUGCCUUAUUGACCCUGGCUGCUUCAGAGAGAUUGAUGAGCUGAUUCGGAGUGAGACAAAAGGGAAGGGAACACUGGAAGUGCUCAGUCUGAAGGACGUGGAGGAAGGAGAUGAAAAGCUGGAAUAACAGAACCCAUCCUUGAGCAGUUCUACUUUAACAGCACCCUGCGAGAUGAUUGGCAUUACCCCCUCUCUUCUGCUAGACCUUCAUGUUUUUUCCAGUCUCUUGCUGCCAAAUAUUUUCUGAUGUUCAUCUGCUGGAA